AUGGCCAACGACGAAUAUGAUUUCCUCUUCAAAGGUGCCGUCAUUACCAUCUCUCAAAGGCCACGCCUGGUCCGACUCGUCCUGAUCGGAGACUCUGGAGUCGGAAAGUCCAACCUUCUCAGUCGAUUCACCCGCAAUGAGUUCAACCUAGACUCAAAGUCGACCAUCGGUGUCGAGUUCGCCACCAGAUCUAUCCAGGUCGACUCAAAGACAAUCAAGGCCCAGAUUUGGGAUACCGCUGGCCAAGAGCGAUACCGCGCCAUCACUUCCGCCUACUACCGAGGUGCUGUCGGCGCUCUCCUCGUUUACGACAUCAGCAAGCACCAGACCUACGAGAACGUCACACGAUGGCUCAAGGAGUUGCGGGACCAUGCCGACGCCAACAUUGUCAUUAUGCUGGUUGGAAACAAGAGUGAUUUGCGACACCUGAGGGCUGUUCCCACAGAGGAGGCCAAGUCUUUUGCUAGCGAGAACCACCUGUCCUUUAUCGAGACGUCUGCCCUUGAUGCCAGCAACGUCGAACUUGCAUUCCAGAACAUUCUGACUGAAAUUUAUCGCAUUGUUUCAAGCAAGGCCCUCGACAGUGGUGACAGCGCCCAGGCCACCAUAGGCGCAGGCACCAAUAUCUCCCUGAGCAAGCCUGCCGACGACGAUGCUGCCAAGGGCGGAAAGUGCUGUUAA